AUGGCCCCCAAAGCCAGCAGGGUUUCCGCCUCAGCAAGCGGCGUCGGCGAUCCAAACUUCGAGUUCGUCAUGAGCGUCUUCAAGAAUUGCGAGCAAGUCAACCUCAUCAAGCCGGACUGGAACGCCGUCGCGAAGGAGCAUGGGAUCAAGCAUGGGCAUAAUGCUUCCUCCAAGAUCAAGUCUAUUGUGGAACAUCACGGGCUCACCUGGGAGAGAAACUCGAUCAAACCUGGCGCUGCUCUGUGCAACGGUGCAUUGAACAGCGCCAAAGCCGUUGUUGGCGAGCCGAAGAUUGCGAGCGCCAAGGGUCGUGGACGCAAGCGCAAGGCUGACACCGAUGCCAAUGACGAUGAUCACGGCGAGGCUGGGGAAGUCGACACUCCCGGCAGCAAGAAGGGUAGCGUAAAGAAGGGAAAGAAGAGGCCGCCUGUCGUUGAGGCAGAGGAUGAAGAUGGAGGAAGCGAGGCGGAGAAGGUCCAGACCACGAAACAGGAAAAUGGUGACGGCGACGCUGAAAGUGAUGGGGUAAAGAAGGCGAAGAACGAGAACGACGAUUCAGACGUUUUGCUUGGAUCCGCGCAUUUCUAA